AGUUGGUUCUGUGGUCGGACCAGAUCUCGCUGCUUAUCCCACGACGGACGAACAUGCGCUUGAGGGCGGUCAAGAACGCGCUCGUGGACAGGUCGGAAACGGUUUCUAGGUGCACUGCCUUAGUCGCGAGGCAAACGAAGACAGCGACGUAACCCUUCACUGUCUUGGCCGUUCGAAGGUUGGAGGUGCGUACGAGGAAUGGACCCGCGAAGUCCACACCGCAGUGCACGAAAGGACGAGCCGGGUUCGUCCAUACGGAAGGCAGGCUUCCCAUCAGCUGCGUCGCGGUUUUCGCCUUCAUUCUGCAGCAGCGCGUGCAGUUCGCAACGUAGCCACGCACCACCGUUUGGCAGCCAACGAUCCAAUAUCUUUGGUUGAGUGUGGCGAUCAUCAGAGUUGGUCCUGCGUGCAGGUUGCGAAGGUGGACUUCUGACAGCAGCAAGUUCGUGUACCGAUGCUCUUUCGGGAUGAUCAUAGGAUGGCGCACGUCGUACGGCUGGUUGGAGUUCUGGAGUCGGCCACCAACCCGCAGAGUGCCAUCUGUGUCGACGAACGGAAACAAAGCCUUGAGCUUGCUGUUGCUUGGAAGCGGUGCAUUCUUGACCAGGCAAUCGAUUUCCGUCUGGAAGCUGUCGUGUUGAGCUGCUCGCGCCAGUUGCAAGCAAGCGUCGUUGAUCUUCUUUGGCGUCAGCGGUCCUUCCAGUUUGGGCGCGUUGGUGCGACGAGCCCGAGAGCUGAGCCGCAGACGGUUGAUCCAGCACAAGAUGCGCCGAAUGUGAGCCAGAUCCGAGUAGCGGCCAGCUGGGGCCGUAAAACAGGGGGUGCAUCAGCAGCUCAAGCGGCGUGAUUCCCCGGGACGCGCAGUCGGCCGGGUUGUUCUUGGACGACACGUGGAGCCAGUGUUUGCGCGACAGAAACUGCAGAAUCUUGGACGUGCGGUU